UCCAAUUAACAUUGCUUUUUCGUUAAACAAGUCUUAUGGAUUAACCUAGGUUAAGUAUUUGUUCAUGAGUGCUUACCACAUAACUAUAAGUAAAGAUUACAUUACGAAGCUACCUUACCUUUUACCAAUGCAAGUCGAUAGAUAAGUUCGAUAAGAGCUCCGGUCCGGCGGUUUAGAAUAUGAUAUCAUCCCCUUUGAUUCUGAUUAUAACCUUGGGUACUUUUAACGGGAUCCUUAGGUAGCUCCGUUCUCACGAUCCUAGGUUAUUCGAUUAAUUUUCUGCCUGCGAGACGGAAGCGAAUAUGUUCUCAGGAGUGGCCCGGCGGCAGUUCCAGUCGCAUCACUUACGCGGCCUAGCACGCUCGUUCUCUAGUACCGCACCGGUGAGGACGGAUUUUACGCAUGUUGUCAUAGGCGGCGGCGCCGUCGGCCUCGCCAUCGCGCGAGCCCUAGCCUCCCACUCCUCCUCCAAUAACAACAACAGCAACAGCACGCUCCUCCUAGAACGGCACCCGCACACCGGCACAGAAACCUCCUCGCGCAACAGCGAAGUCAUCCACGCAGGCCUGUACUACGGAUCCCAAUCGCUCAAAACGCGCCUGUGCAUCCGCGGCCGCGAGGCCCUGUACUCGUUCUGCGCGCGCUACGGCGUCCCGCACGCGCGCGUCGGGAAAUGGGUCGUGGCGCAGGACGAGGCGCAGGUGGAGGCGCUGAGGGCGAUACACGAGGCGUGUAGUAGCAGAACAGGGGGGGAGGAGGGGGAGUUGGGCGGCGUGCCGACGAGGUGGGUGGGCCGCGAGGAGGCGCGCAGGUUGGAGCCCGAGGUGCGCGCUUUGGGCGGCGUGCUGGAGAGUCCGGAGACGGGGAUCGUGGAUUCGCAUGCGUUGAUGACGGCGCUGCUGGGGCAGUUCGAGGAGAGCGGGGGCGUGCUGGCUGUUAAUUCGGCGGUGGUCGGGGUCGAGGGUCUGGGGGCAGGGGCGAGGCCCGGUAGUGAUGGAUGGCGGAUUACCGUUCGCGACGCGGCUACCGGUGACGAAUCGAGCAUUACCGCCUCGACCAUCAUCAACAGCGCUGGGCUCGGCGCCGCCGAUAUCCACAACAUGAUUGCGCCGCCGGACAAGCGCGUCCGGCUGUACUACGCCAAGGGGAACUACUUCAGCUACGGCGCGUCUGCGCCCAAAGUCCGCCGGCUGAUAUACCCGGUAACCGCGCCGGGCGCGGGCGGGCUAGGCACGCACCUGACGCUGGACCUGGCGGGGCGGAUGCGCUUCGGGCCCGACGUAGAAUGGGUCGAGUCGCCGAGCGACCUAGCCGUCAACGCGGCGCGUCUGCCGGCCGCCGUCGCCGAGAUAAAGAAGUAUCUCCCGUCCGUCGACGAGAGCGCCCUGGCGCCGGACUACGCGGGCAUACGGCCCAAGUUAGCGCCGGCGGGUGCCGUGGCGACGGGCGGAGGGGGGUUUGUGGAUUUUUAUAUCAGGAAGGAGGAUGGGUUUGAGGGGUGGGUGAAUCUGCUGGGGAUAGAGAGUCCGGGGUUGACUAGUUGUCUGGCGAUUGGGGAGAUGGUGAGGGAUAUGCUGUAUGGGAGUGGGAAGGUAGAGGGAUCGGCGGCGUUGGGGACGUAAAUAGGGGUGGGUAAGUGUGCACGUAUCUGGGUACCUAUGUAAGGCUUCUACUUGGUCAUCAUGGCGAUUUGAAUAUGUCAGUCAGAUGGAAAGCGAGUUGAAAGGAGCGC